CUGUGGCUAGGCAGGGUACUCAGGAACUACCCUGGAGCCCUUAACCCCAAAGCAGCUAGUAUCACGUGUCCAGACCUGUGUAUCAGAGACACAGGACAUCUUUGCAACUGACAGGGUGACUCAAAAUGGAGAAAAAUAGGCCCCCACAGUUGGUGACCCCUGCAUCGGUCAAAGCUAUCAUCUCAAGGAUUGAGGCUGCCCAGCUAACACGGGCUCAGGAGGAUAUUUCUUCCCAGCUCUCAGACAUCUUGGACAACGUCAACUGUGUCAUCAACAGCUUCCAGGAAGAAUUAGGAUAUGAUUUAAAAGAAAAGGUAAAAUCUGACCAGAUGGAGCAAAAGGGGAAGAACAGAUUCAUCUUGCUGGAGAAAAUUGCCUCCUUCUCUGAAGAUGCUAAGACUAAAGAGAAGCACUUGUAUGAAAUUCUCCACUGGCUGGGUGACUGGGGUGACAGUCUGACCUAUGAGCUCAGGAACAGGAAGAGUAAGGAGGAAGAGGAAGCCCUGGAUGAAUGGAUCGAGGUGAUGGAGAAGGUAUUACCUCUCUCUCUCAUUGCCACCAAAGGAGGCAUCGAGUCUGUCAUUUCCCUUUGUUCUGCUCUCAUUGAAGGACAAAAGAAAAGGACACAAAUAUCCAAACAUACCUUCUGGCAGGGCUGGUGGGAACAGAGACCCCCAAAAUCUGCAUCCUAUCCUCAGCCACUGAGCCCAGAACAGAUGCUCCAAGACAAUCAUGCUACCUGCACGAAGGUCUCUGAGGUGAAGUCCAUGCUGCAGGAGCUCCUGGACUCCACCAUGUUCAAUCAGGGGGAAGUCAGUGCCAUCAGGUAUAUGUCUGCCAUGGUAGAGAACCUCAACAAGGCCUUGACCCUCCAGCACAAGGAGAACAGAAGCCUGGAGACCAAAUACAGGAACCUGAAAAUAGAGAUGACCAAAGAACUCAGCAGCCAGAGACUAUACUUCCAGAAUUCCCUCCAAGUUCUCCGGAGCAAGAGGGAUGCCCUACUAAACCAAGUAGAAAUUCUAGGAGGAAAAUACCAUGACCUUCUCCUGAUAAAGCAUGCCUUAGAGUUCCAGCUAAGGAAAGCUCAAUCUGCUAGAGAUCCAACAGAAGAACCGACCAAGAUCUUGACUGACUCCCUGGGGCCCCCCGAGAAAGACACCCUCUCAAAGAAAGAAACAGUUAUCAAGGAAACCCAACAGGAACCCAAGAAGGAGCAGUUGUUUUCACCACUCUCCUCAGGUCCCAUGGCCAUAGCCUGGGACAGUGAUGUCAGGCUUUCAGCAUCUCAGCCACUUUCCACCAUGACCAUGCAUUCGAGGAUUGCAGAUGUGUACAGCACCAAGGACACUGAACAUCUUCAGCCCAUGUUGCUGUCCUCGGUGGAUCACAAGUCUCCUAAGAAAUGGGAAAGACCAGUGGCAGAAAGCCCAGUCCACCAAGUCAGAGACCAAAAGGAUGUCCAGGAAGCAGCCCAGGAGAAGGAAGGACUCCAAAUUAAGUCCCAUAUGAGGAUGCAGCUAUCCCCAGAGAGCUCCAGGAAGGUGGCCUUGGAGAGCAAGGCAGAGCACUGGGAAGAGGAGAUCAGCUGGGAGAGGGAGAGGCUGCAGUGGCUGGAGGAACAGGACAUGUGGCUGCAGCGGCAGAAGCAGUGGGCUCUGCUAGAGCAGGAGCACCAGGAGAAGCUGCAGCAGUGGGCGGUGGAGGAGGCAGCGAGGGAGCAGCGGCGGCGGUCGGGCCAGCAGGGAAAGGAGAAAGCAGGCCCACGCAGGGAGCCAGAGCCACCAGGAGAGGGUACCGAUAGGAUGCUCUUCGUAACCACCAGGCAGUGGAGGGACUUGGAGAAGGCAUCGCUGGUGCCUCCCCCAAGCCGGGCCCAGUCUGCUCACCAAGGCAGGAGGCCACACUUUCCCAAGUCCCCUCAUCCCCAGCAGCCUGCCUCCAGAAACCAGAGGAACACGAGUUCAGCCAAAUCUACCCAGAAACUACGGACCUGCCAGAGUCCCAUGAAGCCCAAGAAAUCUGCUUCUUUUCCUGUCACGUGGACAUCCAUCCAAAAGGUGUCCCGGCCUCCUUUGUCUAUCUCCUCAGUGACUCUCAAGGGGAAAAUAUACCACAUGGACGUGGAGGCGCAGAGGAAGAAUCUGCAGCUCCUGAGCGAGGAGGCUGACCUGCGGCUGCCCCACUACCUACGCACCAAGGCGCUGGAGCUCAUCACCACCACCAUGGAGCUGAACGUGCUUCGGCUGCAGUGUCUGUGCCAUAAAUACAUCCUCUACAGACGCUUCCAAAGCCUCCGACAGGAAGUGAUCAACCACUUACAAGUCAUGCGAGAAACUGGGACCCAGAACCUGCACAUCUACCUGGAAAACAUUGACCACAUGCAGAGCCUCUGGCUGCAGGCCUGGACGGACAAGCAGAAGGACCUUGGGGAGAAGCGCCGAGCGUGCCUGAGCAGCAUGGUGACCAUGUUCCCCAAGCUCCAGUUGGAAUGGAACGUUCAUCUGCACACCCCUGUGGUCACCUCCACAAAGCCAAGGAAAAACAAGCCACCCACAUCCUUUCUCCGGCGCAUGCACUCUUACGGCCCCUCCAGCAGGCAGCCUCCUGGGCACUUUACAUGCAAACACUGGGAAUGUGAGCCCCUGCGCAUGGCCCGCCAACAGGAUAACCAGAUAGAAGCCAUGUGGAAGACUGAUGUGGCCUCCUCCAGUCACCCAAUAGAAAAGAAGACUCCCCCCUGCCUGUCCUGGGACCAGCUAGGGGGGUACCCAGACAUUCCCCGGCUAUUGACCUUGGAUGUGCAUUCUUCCUACCACAAAAGCUUGAGGUCUCUCAAAGCCCGUGUCUUGGCGACCGAAAGAAACGAAUCCCAGGAAGCCCCAGAUGCAUCAGCUGAGCUGGUUUGUAAAAAGUCAAAUGAGUCCUCCCCUGGAAUCCUAAAAGCCAGAAGGAUCGAGACAAUCUCAGUCCCCACUCCAUCCCUUAGUGAUUCUCAAACUUCAGAGUGACUGAAAAUCAUAUGGUAACUUGUCUCAAAUGCAGGUUCCCAGCUGGUGUUUUUAAAUCAGCAUCCUGGGCAUUGCUAAAUAGUCUUAGAACUUUGAGAAACACCACUUCCCUCCUUCAGUUCCCAAACUGUACAUUUUUAAUAAAAUAGAGGUGUGUUUCUUUUUAAA